UCAAAAUUGUGCUGUCGGAGUCGGAUGAUUAGAAGCGAAGCGGUGUCGCAUCAUUUUUGUGUACAGGCGUUUCGUGAAAUUUGCGUGAUUAAAAUUUAAUUUAAUCAAAUUUUCGUCACGUUAGUGCAUUUUCGUAUCGUAUCGGGUUAGUAAUGGGGUCCAAGAAACACAAAAAGCAUAAAUCUGAGAGGAAAGAACGCGAAGAGAAAGCCAAUAUGCUGUUGGAUCGCCCACCAAGUUUAAAGCUAAUCCUGAAAGUAAGCGGAAAUAAUUCCACUCCAGAACAUGGCAAUGAUUCGCCGGCGUACGGAAUUCAGCAAGAUGUUAGCAAUCCGGCUUUCUCCGGUGAAUAUUCCGGCGAGCGUCACAAGAAGUCUAAGAAGAAGAAAAAGAAGAAGGACCGUGAGAAGAAACACAAACAUCACAAGGAGAAACGCCGACACCGAGAUGAUUCGAGUCAGGAGGAUUUUAACAGCGUUGGUGAUGAAAGUUCUCAGGCACCACCGGAAGGGAGUGGAUUUUACAUUCCUCCGGUGGCGACGACACCACCAAUCAGUAUGGGAAGCCCCGCGUCACAACCGGUAACGAAGCCGUUCAUUCCAAUAAAGAGUCCAGAGCCGGACAUUUUUCAAAUUGCGCAACCAGCGACACCGGCAACUCCGGCCACGCCGGCUACGCCAGCAACUAUGAUGAGAGAGGAAAUCAACGCACCCAGUUCUGUAACAACGGAAGAACCCAUCCCAAGCCCUGUCUCAAUGCAUUCCCUGUCACGACCGGGUAGCAAAAUGGAUUUCCACGAUACCAAUUCCAAUCAGGCGCCGAAAACGCCCGGAUCGGAUUGCAGCGGUCGGGAGCCAAGAACUUGUGUGCUGAAACUGAAGCAAAGUCGUUCGCCGUUGGCUCGAUUGUUGGAUCAUCUGUUGAAGGCACUGGAGAAACGUGAUCCGCACCAGUUCUUUGCCUGGCCGGUGACCGACGACAUAGCCCCGGGCUAUUCAACGAUUAUAACGAGACCGAUGGAUUUUAGCACCAUCAGGCAGAAGAUCGACGACAAUGAGUACACGUCGGUGUCUGAGUUCAGCGACGAUUUUAAACUGAUGUGCGAGAAUGCUAUUAGGUAUAACCAUUCUGAGACAGUUUAUCAUAAAGCAGCUAAAAAACUACUUCACGUUGGAGCACGUCUGCUGCAGUCUGAGAAUUUGAUGCGUUCGCUUCGACCGUUGAUGACUUUCAUGCGUGAACUAACGUCGAAGGAGCUCGGAUUCGAACUUCCUGCUUCGACGGAUGGUAUGGAUAGCGAGCAUCACACGAUAGAUUCGGCAGACGAAGCAGUUGCCGCGGCCGUCGACGAAGGACUUAAUGCACAGAUUAACGCUCAACUCGAAGAGGAGGAAAAACGGAAACAGAUUCGAUUAGAAAACAAUCCGUCAUCGAAGUUCGAACCAUUUGUCGAUGAUUUAACGGCGGAAGAAGUACUGCAACAGGUACAAAGUGCGGCGCUGAAUGCCAGGACGAAACUAAUGAAGAAAAGAUCGGCCAACAAGUUGGGCUUCUUGCGGCAGGCCAGGGAUGGUACCACUUCGAUGAAUAUUAUUCUGGAUAAUGAAAACAAUGCUCCUGAGAAGGUUGUUUCGCUGGAAGCUUACACUGGGAAACUUCAGUAUGGCACAGCCUUGCUGCAAGGAUUCCGAGAAGAUCGGAGGAACUUCGCCAAAACCGUCAAACCACUGAGCUACGGAGCAUUCAGUUCUUUUGCUCCAAUUUUAGAUUCUCGUUUCUCUAACCUCUCGAAAGAAGAAUCUGAAAUGGUGUUGAAUACUUACGGUGAUGAGACCGGUGCCGACUAUGCGGAAAGUAUAAUGCGCUUCUCUAAAGAUAGCCCAUAUGCGGGCGGAAUCGCCCACAGUUUGUUGGACAUCCUCACCGACAGAGAACACCGGACAACCUUCGGCACGCUGUACGAAUCAGAUAUGCAAAGCCAGGAGAAGGAUGCCGUAAAGCACACUUUCCCUGAACCGGCCGAACAGGAGGCAAAGCGACAGAAGUUGUCCGAAGUUAAAAUCGACUUCGAUAGUCUCCGCUCGCUGUCCAGCCUGGGGUUGGACGUCCAGUUUCUGGACGAUCUCGAGCUGCAAUUGGAGUGCGCCAAAAUGACCAGCUCGUUGCAACAAUCGUUGAACGACAACUCGGGUCUGAUCCAGAAACUGCACCAGAUUCAAACGGAUCGUCUGUCUGCUCCGCUUCCGGCGCAUUUGUCCUUUGUGCAACGGGCUGGCGAAAAUGAAAUUGAUUUAGCAGCCCAGAUCACCAACAAUUUAGCGCACAUUGCCAAACCGCCGCCGGUGGCUAUUGCGUCCGCUCACGGGUUGCGAAAAGCGAUGGGAUUGAGUAGCGUUGGCUUGGAAAUGUUUCAAGUCCCUCCGGCUGGCAUGGCGCAUUCACAAGGACCUGCGGUACCUCCGCAGCAUAAUAUUAAUAUGCAUGGCGCACCGAAUAAUGCCGACAUCAUCGAUACAACCCCGAUGGACAUGGAGCUGGAACCGGAGACGAUUUCUCACCACCAUCCCCAUCACCAUCCGAACCCCAAUCCAUCUCAGGUGGACAUUGACAGUGAACUUCGGGAGUUACUCAACACCACCAGCUCAAAUGGGGACGCCGGCGGUGCAGGACCGGACACAAGCAUCGAACAGAUGUUGAUGGAUUAGAUAUGCAUGCGUCCUCGCAUCAAUUUAAGAGAACAGGAUUUCUAUUUUAAUUGUGUUAUGUCACACAACCAACUUUAUAUCCAUUUCUAUCUCCUUGAAUAAAAUAAAAUUGGAUUACCUAAUUGCAAAAAUGUGUA